UCCCUCCCCCACAUGGGACCAUAGUAGCCUGGGGCCCUGGCCAUUCUGCCAAAGGCAGCCAGAGAACCAGUGUCUCCUGACAGCCUGGUCCCUCAAGAGCAAAGUUCGCUUCUUUGAUUGGUGGCUUGUGACCGGGGAGUGGACCCUCGGGGGUCUUAGGCUAUCACUGGAACUCCAGAAAGCCAUGCAGAGCCUUGAGCCAUGAAGGAAUAUGCCGAUGUCACCCUCUGUCCAGAGGCAGCUGAGCUGAGCAAGACAGAGUUCUGCAAUCCUGCUUUCGACCUGGAAGCCGGGCCUUCUUGCCCUCCACCAGCAUUACAGAAAAAUGUCAGCAGCAGCCUCCAAGGUCCCUGGCAUGUCCAGCGUCUCCGGGGGCUACAACCAGACUGCCACUUCUCCGGGCUCUGUAUCCUGCUGCUCAGCGGCCUGCUGCUACUACUGCUGGGGCUGCUGGUGGCUGUCAUCCUGGCUCAGUUGCAGGCUACAUCUCUCCCCAGGACUACCAAGAACCCACUGCCCACCCGAGGAGGCCUCACCCCCACGGGUGUCAUUCCCAGCACCACCCCUAACACCACCACCACCACCACCACCACCCCAGCAAUCACAGGGCGGCAAGAGGCAGCCAUGAGCCCUACACACCAAACCACCUGUGGAGGCCUCCUUCCUGGUCCCAGUGGUUUCUUCAGCAGUCCCAACUACCCAGACCUUUACCCACCCCACAGCCACUGCGUCUGGCAUAUCCAGGUAGCCACAGGCCAGACAAUACAGCUCAAGAUUCAAGUGCUCAGCACAGAAAGCAUGCUCGCCUGUCUUUUUGAUCGCUUGGAAAUUAGCCCAGCGCCUACAGGCCCUCUGCUCAGAAUGUGUGGUAAAACACCUCCUGCCACAGUUAACACCAACACCAGUCACCUCCGUGUGUCCUUCGUCUCUGAUAACGAUGUAGAAGGGUCUGGUUUCCAGGCCUGGUACCAAGCAGUGGCCCCUGGACAUUGGAGCUGUACCCACUACGAGUUCCACUGUGACCUGCUCCUCUGCCUGAAGCAAGACUCUGUGUGUGACGGCAUUAAGGACUGCAUCGAUGGCAGUGAUGAGGCCAACUGCAGUGCCAAGACGUUGGGGUGUGGAGGGAACCUGACUGAGCUCUCUGGGGUGUUCUCUACCCCAAACUACCCACAGCACUACCCUCACCAACAGCUUUGUACCUGGUAUAUCAAAGUGCCCGUGGGAUACAGGAUAAGACUAGAGUUCCACAACUUCAGCCUGGAAGAACAAACUGAAUGCAAGUUUGACUACGUGGAGGUGUAUGAGGCCAGCAACUCAGGAACAUUCAGCUCCCUGGGCAGGUUCUGUGGAGCAGAGCCACCAUCCCACCUCGUCUCCUCGCAGCACCAGCUGACUGUAAUCUUCAAGACUGAUCUUGGUAUCAGCAGUGGGGGCUUUUUAGCAACCUACCAGGCCAUCAAUACGACAGAGAACCUUUGUGGACCCAGAGAGUUCUGCCAGAGCAGAGUACGUAGAGAACUGCAACGGAUUUGUGACUUAUGGAAAGACUGUGCAAAUGACAGCAAUGACAACUGCAACAGCCACUUGUCCCCACAACUGGACCUGACCUGUGAACCUGUCCAGGUGGAGAUGUGCCUUGGACUAAGCUACAAUACCACAGCCUUCCCUAACAUCUGGGUGGGCCUGGCCACACAGAUGGAGGUGACAGAUAUCCUCAGAGGCUACAAGAGCCUGACAAGUCUACCCUGCUACCAGACUUUCCGGAGGUUCCUCUGUGGGCUGCUUGAACCUCGAUGCACCUCACUGGGCACUAUCCUACCCCCUUGUCGUUCUGUCUGCCAGGAGGCAGAACAACAGUGCCAGUCUAGCCUGGCAUUACUGGGCAUCCCCUGGCCUUUCAACUGCAACAGGCUGCCUGUGCCGGCUAGCCUGGAAGCUUGCUCCCAGCCCUGACCCCAAGCCAGCCCCCACCCUCUGUCUGCCCAUCCUCCUCUCCCAAGAUGGGUGGGCAAGGCAGGCAGAAAACAAGGGUGGCCUGGACAUGGGACUCUGCCCAUCCUCUCUGGAGCUUCUCAAAGAGGAAAAAGAACAGUUAUUACUCUGAUCCUGCCCAGGACUAACGGGACUGUCCCAUCAUCUUUCCCCUACCGUCCUCGAGCUCUUAUUUGCCAAGACAGCCCUGGUACCAUUGGACGGCCUAGCAGACUUCCUAUCCAAGUCUCUGACCCUGAUUCCCUGUCUUCUGCCUCCCCCCUUUUCAUUUAAGUUCACCAUCAGCUGACCUUCAAGCUUUUUCAUGUAGUCAAUAAAACUGUUUUGAGUGA